AUGAAGCUUCUAUCAGGCUGUACUUUAAAUGUGGGCGGCAGACGGUUCCCGUUCACCUCAGACUUAGUGACCCACCUCCCUCUGAGUCGCCUCAGUCGGUUAAAUCGCUGUGUAUCAGAGAGUGAACUCUUAGAGUUCUGUGAUGACUAUGACCGAGAAACCAAUGAGCUGUUUUUUGACCGACAUUCAGAUGCCUUUAGUUUCAUUGUGGCGUAUGCACAACAUGGCGCCCUGCGGCUGGCACCCAGCAUGUGUGAACUGUCCUUUCUGAAUGAGCUACUUUACUGGGGUCUGGACUCUGCAGAGCUGCAAACAUGCUGCCAGAGACGGUUGGACCAGCGCAUGAGUGACUGCUAUGUGCAUUUUUUCCCUGAGUGUCGCUUCAGUGACUAUGGACUAUUUUAUCAGAGUGACAGACAUAUUGGGGAGGGCUGUGGAAGCAGGUGGCGGGGCUGGAUGGAGGCUGUCCGUAGAACCUUUGAGGAACCUACGUCCUCAUUGGCUGCUCAGAUCCUGGCCUCUUUAUCAGUAUUGUUUGUACUCAUCUCAAUGGUGAUGCUGUGUGCCAGCACUCUGCCAGACUGGUCUAGGGAUGAGACCAUGGAGACUCACAGGCUGGUGGAGUCCAUAUGUAUCGGUUGGUUCACAGCCGAGUGCACACUUCGUUUUUUGGUCUCUCAGGACAAGUGUGAGUUUGUGCGUCGGCCCCUGAAUGUCAUUGACAUCCUGGCUAUUGCUCCAUACUAUGUCUCAGUCCUCGUGUCCUUCCUGACUGGUGAGGACUCAGAGCUGCAGAGGGCUGGGGUCAUGCUGCGGGUGUUGCGGAUGAUGCGGAUUUUUUGGCUGAUCAAACUGGCUCGGCACUUCCUGGGUCUACAGACUCUGGGGCUGACCCUGCGGCGCUGCUACAGGGAGAUGCUAACUCUGCUGGUCUUUGUGGGCGUGGCCAUGGCCAUCUUCAGCGCCUGGGCUCAGCUGCUGGAGUACGGCCUGGACCUCCGAGCACGAAACCAAGACUACGCCAGCAUCCCGGCGGCAUGCUGGUGGGUGAUCAUCUCUAUGACGACAGUCGGGUACGGGGACAUGUACCCAGUUACAGUGGCUGGGCGAGUUUUAGGUGGUGUCUGCGUGGUGAGUGGCAUUGUGUUGCUAGCUCUACCAAUCACUUUCAUCUACCACAGCUUUGUACAGUGCUACCAUGAGCUGAAAGUUCAGUCAAGCAAGUGA